ACUCCCUGCACUAAUGUUGUUACCAUGGCAAAUGGCCAAAUUGGCGACACGCGCGACGACAUGGGAAUAUUCUCCGCGACAAGAAGAGCGAGAUCUCCAUUGCUGCAGCUAUUGCGCUGCACUCCAGAUCACUAGUGCCUGCACGCGCUGCGCUCUGAUUUCUUCUUCUCCAGGUACGCCUCUACUUGUUAGGAACCUCUCCAUGGGCAACCGGCAACCGCAUUUUCUCCAUUCUGCGGAUUCAUGGGGUGCAUCAUGCCACUUUGGGUGGGCGGAGAAGCGCGUGGUGCGAUACUCAGUUCACUAUCCCGUCGAAAUUUCUCGCAAGAUUCGCCAAUUAGGGAAAGGGAUUAGUGGAAAAGAUUCGGUCUUUCAUUACUCCGCGUUGGAAUCAUGGCAAGGUUUGCUCGCUUACCGUGAACUGAACGCGUUUGGCCCUGGAUGACCUGGUCCGAAUUAGAAUACCAGAUUUGGGUAGAUUCCAACACGGGAGCGAUGUGAUCUUUUACAUUUGUAAUUUUGAGCGCAUUACCUCACAGAGUUCGCGAGGGUCACCUUGAUUAGACAUGCAGAUAAGAUCCCUUGUUGUGCGAGGUAUAUUCAGAGUUUAGCUAGGCUGAAAAUUCAUUGACAUUUGUUCUUUUCAAAAAAAAAGAUUAAGUAGCGUUUUGUUUACAAAUGAUGUAGCCAUACAAAUUUAUAUCUUUCUAUAAUUAUUUAUAAUUGCUAGGUGGUUGUUGUGUUUGAUCUUUGUGUUAGCUUUGCUUUGGUAAUUGCUGAUGGAAGACAAAAGUCAGUUUCUUUCGCAGAAAAUUAUUUUGAUCAGUACAGCACAGUGAUUGCCGAGGUGCGCCAUGGAAAUUCUGAUCUAUGUCUCAUUUGUUGUGCUCCUUGGACUAGGAGCCCUGUUUGUUGUCCCACGGUCUAACAGCAACGGUAAAGGAGAUGCAGCGCAUCUAGCAGGCAGUGGAAAGACAUCUAGAAGCUAUACAAUGAAAGAGGUUUCCACCCACAAUACAAGGAAGGAUUGUUGGAUAAUAAUCAAAGAUAAGGUUUACGAUGUCACUGCAUACGCGGAGGAACACCCAGGUGGUGAUGCCAUCCUAAACAAUGCUGGUGGUGAUUCAACAGAGGGGUUUUUUGGCCCGCAACAUGGCACGAGAGUAUUCGACAUCAUCGAAGAUUUCUGCAUCGGCAGAUUGAAGGACUGACGAUAAAGAGGAGAGAGAGCUGUCAAUGCUUCAAAUGUGAACCCAUGCGCUCUUCCACAGUUGCUCCUUCCUGGACGACAAUGACAGGGAGUGAAACAGUUUCCCAGUAGUGAUGAGGACCACUCCCAGCUUUGUGGUUCUGAUUUCAUAUUGACCUGGUGCUUUUACCAGUAAUUAACACUGUUUGAAGCAGGGGGCUUCGACG